ACCCUUGCUCUUGUCUCUUCUCCCUCAUCGCACUCACCCCGGCAGUCCUCACACUCACAGCACUCCAACGUCGCACUCGUUCUUCUCGCGCCGCGCCGACAUGCCUCAUCGCCGUGUGCAGUCUUCGUCCAGUGUGGAGCUGGACCCAGUGCCGCUACCGGUCAUGCCGCCAAGCCGCCGUCCCAGCGUGCGGGCCAUCCGGCUCUCGCCUCAGCAUGCCAUUCUCGAGCUGCCCUUCGACCCAGCAGAAGCCUCACCUCUCGCCAUGUCACCAUCGACGGAGCGCCCCGCGCGCCAGCUGUCGACGAAGCGAAAAGGCCUCGGCGCGCGCUUUGCUGCGACGCUCCGGCAGUCGAUGACGGCAAGCGACAUGCACAUGGCGGGCUACUCCACAGCUGUCGCGAUCGAAGCUCCCGUGCCUUUGCCGUCGGACACGCUCUGGUCAUCGCAGGCACCUCAGUGGCCAGACGGCGGGAACAAGGCGCGCCUGUACACCGCCACGAGCACUCGCUCGACGCCGCAGAGGCGGCAUGCCGGGACGCCAGCUCCGCCGCUACUGCGCCGCAGCAGCCUGGGAGUCACCAACGAGACCCUCGGGAAGCUCAGCAGUCCAGUUCCGGCGCGAGUUGCAAGUGUGGCGCCGCUGUUAGUGCCCAGAGACGGCGGCAACGCCCUGCCACGCUCCUGCUCCUCAAGCUCUCUGGCGUCGGACGGCAGUCUCCUGCGGCGCCCGUCGUGGUACUCGCAGCAGUGUACGACGGCUUCUCACACGCCGCCGUCCAGUCCGGGCGAACGCAAGGUGUCCCUCCCGAAGUCGGGCUCACCGCACGAGGUCGUUCGCCCGUCCAGCCAAACGAUAGGUCGCGCGCUGGCAUCGGCGCCCGUGGCGAAAGCCCAUCCGCUGCGCAGCUCGACGGCGCCGACCGACUCGAUCGAGUACCGCUCAGCAAGACCAAGGUCGCGCAGCAGCAUCGAGUGGCGCGAGAUUGCCUGGUUGGAGACACCAGUGCCGCGAGUCUCCGCGUCGCCGCUGCUCAGCAGGUCGCCAUCACAGCUCUUCGACUCCGAGGCGACGCUGCAGCCGUCUCCGCUCGAGAAGGGCGCCGAGAUGGAGAUGCUGUGCGAGCAAUCGCUUGCAGACCGAGGCAUCUUCGCACAGCCCGCAGCCCGCACGUGCGAGCUGCAGGGCCGCGCCCUGUCCUCGGACUCUUUACGAUGGACUCAGCACGAGUCUGUCAGACAGCGGCGAACACUCUCUCUCGAACAGCUCAACUUGACGAUUGACACCGGACGCAAGCGCAGCGAGCCAUCUAGCGAUCCUGGCCACGGCAUGCAUGGCUCAUCGCUCUCGCGCUCCACGUCCAGGUCACAGUCGUCUUCAGGGAAGCAUCGGGGUACCAGCGAGCCAGUUACACCUGUCCUGAGCGAGACCACGGCAACGCUUCGCUUCGUCAUCACUUCCACGGCGGAGCUCGCCGCUCGAGCUGCACUCGCACCCUUGGCCUCUGCGCGCCCGGGCGUGUCGGCAAGCUCCGAGCCUUCUCACCAGAAGCAGCGGAGACGCAGCGCCUCAGUGUCGCGCAGCAAAAGGGGCAAGGACGACUUCGUCGUUCGGUCGCUCGACGAUAGCAGGACGUGGACCGUGCGUCUGGGACACGCAGUGAGCCGUGGCCUGCUGAUCGGUCUGGGCCUCGGCUGGCUGCCGCUUGCCGCCGCCACCAAGAUGACGUUGCUGAGAGGCGCUCAAGAUGGCGUGAGUCUCCCAUCAGCAAGGGACACGCCGCCUCGCUGACACUCCUUCUCGCAGGAGCCCGCACUGCGUUCGACGCCUUCGCGGCGAGCCAGGCAUACGUGGGAGAUCUCGACGGCCAAGACGUCUGCGGCCGCAACGGUCUCCGUGACGA